AUGAUCAAGUUUAUUCUAACUUUCCUGAGCGCCUCAGGAAUGUGGAAACCUCGAGGUUGGCACGGAAUCAAAGCUUUCCUUUAUUACAUCUACCAAUUUACAGUAUUUUUUUGCAAUUUUUUAUUCAUUAUUUCUUCGAUUCUGAUCAUCGAGUUAAAAGACAUUAACGUGGAAGAGCUAAUCGAUAACAUGUCAUUACUUCUGGCUAUAAUAAACGCUAGGCAAAAAAUGUCUCUCAUAAUUUUUGAACGUCGCUCAAUUGAAUAUAUCAGUGACAAAUUAGAAAAAAGCCCUUUUAAGUCUUGUGACAGUAUUGAGAAAGCAAUUUCUACAAAGUUCGAUGGCAUAGUCAGAAAUGUUUUCAUAUGUUAUUCGAUCACUAUAGGUGCAAUGUUGGUGUAUUGUGGAUCCCGUUUCACUGAAGUGAACCCUUCAGAAACUCUGCCAUUCAAUGGAUGGUUUCCCUACAAUUAUUCAAGCCCCACAGUUUAUUGGCUGACAGCUGCAUUUCAAGUGAUAGCAAUAAAUAUUACUAAUGGGAUUGAUUUACUGAUGGAUCUUUUGUUAUCCUCAAUACUAUGCAGCAUGUGUGGGCAAAUUCACCUACUGAAACAUAGGUUUAAGGUCAUGCUCGAAGCGCUGAACGUCAUGACUAGUAAAAAUGAUGGUUCCGAUAUGGCAACUACGGAAAAAUUGAUGAUUUCUGAAUGGGUCGAGUACCACAUAGAUCUUGUCAACUUAAUUAAAUAUACUAACACAGUUUUUUCUAAUGUUAUACUUCUACAAUACACAGUGAGUUCUGUUAUUCUGUGCGCCGUGUCAUUUUUGAUGUCUCGGACAGAAAUAAUGUCUAUGACUUUCGCUGGGUUUUUGGGAUACUUAAUUACUUUUAAUACUCAAAUAUUUCAGCAAUGCUAUUGCGCUCACAUGUUGACACACGAGGCAACAAAUUGGCCUAGUUUGAGUAAUAAUACCCGUAAAUCCGUGAUGAUUAUCAUGUACAAGUGCCACAAGCCCAUCAUGAUCACUAGUAGUUUUUUUGUGAUACUGUCUCUGGAUUCCUACACUAAGAUCGUUAAACUUGCGUAUACUAUAUUUAACGUACUAAUAUAA